AAAGAGAUGCAUAUGUUCUGCAUAAUACCUGUAUAAAAUGUAAUCCAUACUAAUCUCUAUUCCAUGAGUGUAUAUUUGUUGUUAUAUUUGUUGUGAAAUUAAGCCACGUAUCAUGUCUCCAUCUUGCAAAUAUAGUACCUCAGUUGAUAAAUUUUACAUUUAUUAUUGCCAGUCUGUGAAUGAGAAACCUUUUUAACUGAACUGGAGAUCUAAUAAUACAAUGACUGGAAGAUUCCUGUGAUGAUUGUUAUGUGGACUCUACUCAACGACCUGUUUGCAGUUUUAAUUUCUAUUUUCUUUACCUGAAACAAAGCCUUGGAUUAAAAAAAUAAAAUAGAAUGGAGGCAGUGUUAAGAUCAUUACAGGAAUCUUCAAGUCCCUGCACCUCUGGAUCUCCAGUUCAUCCAAAUAAUGAACCUGUAUGCUUUGCCAAAAUCUUGCUUAUCAAGCAUUGCUUAUGGUAGCAUACAAUUAACACUGAACUAUACAGAAACAUAUCCCAACUCCUGUGUUUUUGUAGUGCAUAACGAUGGAGAAAUUAGUGGUGUUGCACACUAGCAGAAGGGGAAGGGGAACCAAAGAAAACUAAACCUGCAUAUUCUUGCUUUGAAGCCUUUGUUAUGUAAAUACAGUAUACCUCCUAAGAAUAGUAGCCAAUAUCGGCACCAACUAUGGAUAAGGUGCACUUUAAUAUUGAAGCUAAUGAGCAAGGUGCACUUUCAUAUUGAAGCUAAUGAGCAAAUGCAGAGGCCUUUCUAACUGUCUCUAAUAUUAAUGGGCAUCAAUCAUACCGUAGUGACAUUUCAAGUGAGAAACAUCUGAAAAUGGCAGCUUGGCAGUGAAGCAUGCUUUACUUGGGAUUAAGCCGCAUUCAGGCCAGGUUAUGUUUUAUGCUCCCCUUCCUCCUCAUGGCUGCUCCGUGUGAUCCCCCCCCCCCCAAGGAGCUGGAAAUCGGGGGAACUAGAUUUUCCUCUGGCAUGCUAUGGUGAAGAUUCCUCUGACAGGAGCAGCUUUCCCGACAGUGUAAGGGGCUGCUGCUGGGCGGGAAAACCCCGAUGCGCGAGUGGAGUUGGUCUAGCCUGGAUCCACGCCAGUUCCAAAUAGUCAGGAUUAGCCUUGCAAAGGUUCUUAAAUGCGUUUAGUAUUCUGCAGAUACUGUGCACAAGCUACGCUUAAAAGUGGUGAAGGACAGUGAACUACAGAAAUCUAGGCGGAUGCGAAAAGCUUGUAUUAGUAUCUUAGCCAUGCCUGCUCAGAAGUAAGUCCGUUCGUAGGUAAAACGGGGGUCAGGAUUGCGAAAUGGAAAAGAGCGAUCGGCGCUGUGUAGCCAAUAACAAGAAAGCUGCCGGAGGCAUUUCAGAUGAUGCAAGAAGGCAGGGGGCGGGUGAAAUAUCCGGAUGAACCCGUGUCCUCCGUGGCGCUGCGCGUGAGGUUAGACUCCAAGCAGCCCACUGGGUAGCGAGGCGGCGGCCGAAGUCGGUGCUGCGGAUUCCAAGGCAGCACUUCCCAUCCGGGCUUCCUUUCAGCGCGCGGCGAUUUGGUCUUCCUGCCCCGAUUGCAGCCUUGCUGUGUAGAGGCUACCGCUGAAAGGCGGGAGAUUCCCAGGACGAAGGAUGCCCUCGAGAGAAAGUGGGAGGAAGCCGGCGGCGCUGGCUGGAGGGAAGCAUCCCGGGUGUGGAUCCUGGAUUUGUUCCCAGUGUCCAGGAUUUUGAUAAAAAACUUACAGAAGCUGAUGCUUAUCUACAAAUUUUGAUAGACCAAUUGAAGCUCUUUGAUGAAAAGCUUCAGAACUGCAAAGAUGACGAACAGAGAAAAAAGAUUGAAGACCUCAAAGAAACAACCAGUAGCAUGGUUGAAUCAAUAAAACACUGCAUUGUGUUGCUGCAGAUUGCUAAAGACCAAAGUAAUGAGGAGAAGCACGCAGAUGGACUUAUAAGCACUAUUAAUCCUGUUGAUGCAAUAUAUCAACCUAGUCUAUUGGAAUCUUCAGUGAUCAGCACAAUGCCUACCCAAACUGUCUUACCUUCAGAACCAACCCAGCUUUGCAAAUCAGAGCAGCGACCUUCAUCCUUGGCAGUUGGACCAGUUGUAGCAUUAAUUGGAAGUCACCAGACUCCAACACCAAAUAGUACAGGAAGUGGCCAGUCAGCACCUAGCAGCAGUUUGACUUCUCCGAGCCGUGCCAAUAUUUCUCCAAAUACAGUUCCAGAUUUCUCUUACUCCAGCAGUGAAGAUGAAUUUUAUGAUGCUGAUGAAUUCUAUCAGAGCAGCUCAUCCCCAAAGAGAUGUUUGGACUCUUCAGGGCCUGGGGCAAUCCUAACUCGUAGCAGCACAGGAAGUAGUAUGAAGCGUCCAGACACAACAGAGUCCCUCAACUCUUCCAUGUCUAAUGGGACAAAUGAUGCUGAUCUGUUUGAUCCCCUUGACGAUAGAGAUGACGAUACUGAAGGGGAAUCAGUGGAAGAACACAAAAGCGUUAUCAUGCAUCUUUUGUCACAAGUUAGGUUAGGAAUGGACUUAACCAAGGUGGUUCUUCCAACUUUUAUUUUGGAAAGAAGAUCACUUUUAGAAAUGUAUGCAGACUUCUUUGCACAUCCAGACUUAUUUGUAAGUAUUAGUGACCAAAAAGAUCCAAAGGACCGAAUGGUUCAGGUGGUAAAGUGGUACCUCUCAGCUUUCCAUGCAGGAAGAAAAGGGUCUGUUGCUAAAAAGCCUUACAAUCCCAUCCUGGGAGAAAUAUUCCGGUGUCACUGGGUGCUGCCAAGUGUAGAACAAGAAGAAACUACGGAAACUCUGGCAGAUGGACCACUUCCAUGGGUUACCCAAAACAGUGUAACGUUUGUAGCGGAACAAGUUUCUCACCACCCUCCAAUUUCAGCAUUUUAUGCAGAAUGCUCUAGCAAGAAAAUACAGUUCAAUGCCCACAUCUGGACUAAGUCAAAAUUCCUGGGAAUGUCUAUUGGCGUUCAUAAUAUAGGCCAAGGGUGUGUAUCAUGCCUAGAUUAUGAUGAGCACUAUAUUCUAACAUUCCCCAAUGGUUACGGGAGAUCUAUUCUCACAGUGCCAUGGAUAGAGCUGGGAGGAGAAUGCAGCAUUAGCUGCUCCAAGACAGGUUAUAAUGCGACCAUAAUCUUCCACACGAAACCUUUCUAUGGUGGGAAAAAGCACAGAGUUACAGCAGAAAUCUUUUCUCCUAAUGACAAGAAAUCUUUCUGUUCAGUUGAAGGAGAAUGGAAUGGUGUCAUGUAUGCAAAAUAUGCAACUGGGGAGAAUGUAGUCUUUAUAGAUACCAAGAAAAUGCCUAUCAUUAAGAAGAAAGUAAGAAAACUAGAAGAUCAAGAAGAAUAUGAAUCCCGCUGCUUAUGGAAAGAUGUAACUUACAACUUAAAGAUCAGAGACAUUGAUUCAGCUACUGAUGCAAAGCAUAGGCUUGAAGAAAGACAAAGAGCCGAAGCCAGAGCCAGAAAGGAGAAGGAGAUCCCAUGGGAGACACGGCUAUUCCACGAAGAUGGAGAAUGCUGGGUUUAUGAUGAGCCACUACUCAAGCGACUUGCUGCCAGUAAAUAUUAAGUGGAUCACCUGUAUGAAGUUUAAGCCUUGGCUUAGUGGCGAUAGUUGUAACUUUCAAGUACUCUUCUUUUGGAGAGCCUGUCUCCAGUUACAGUUCCUAUCUCAGGGAUACUGGAUUCACUGAUGCAGCGAACAAUUAAAACAGGAAGAGCCUUGACUGUGUAGCAGUAAUUUAUAUUGGCCUUUCCUGUCUGACCUACCAUGCUUCUAGAAGAAUUAACCUGGGCUCGAUCCCCAUCAUAUAUGUUUUAACCACUGCUGUAAAAGGUGCAAUGGGGCAUUUGAUUCCAGUUACAUAUGAUUCUGGCAUCCUACAUAUACAUGACUUUACUUCAUUAGAGCCAGUUAAUUUGUGUAAAUAUGAGGAUUCAUACUGCCAGUUUAGAAAAUGCAAGAUUCUAAUCUACCAACUGGUAUGUUUUGGUUUUUUUUAAAGAAAUCAUUUUUUUGGCAUUUCAUUGUUUCCCCAAAAUAACUUUGGUAUUUUUAGAAACUAAAAUGUAAUUUUAGAUUACCAUUUGGUUCCUGCUGGUGCAUCUAUAAUGCUUCAUAAAAUAGAUUUUCAAUUG